AUGGCGGCGGAGAAUGCGGUGCCCGUCUCGGUACAGCGGGACACUGCGCAAGAGGUCGCCCCUGUACCGAGCAGCUACAGCGGCCGCAGCUUCAGCAGCACCGGGCCUAGCAGCGUGGGUGCUGGGGCGAAGGUCCACGCACCUCACAAGCACCGCCGGCUGUCGUCCAGCGGACACGCGCGAAGGAGACUGAGCGACGCACGCGAGGCAGCGAGCCGGCCUUCGCCGGUUACUAUCUCCACUGCUGCAGCCGCGCUCACUUCUCUUGCGAAACUCUCGCUAUCUGGGACACCUCCGCCGCAGGCGCUCACCACCUAUGUCUCUGCGGCAGGCGAGAUCGAGCCCGCGUCCGCAGCUCUGAAAGACGCGACGCGGGAGGAGGCGGACCUCGGGGGUGGGAUCAGCGUCGCAGCGGGGAAAGGCACUGGGAAGAAGAAGGGCACGAUCUUCAAGUGCGAGAGCUGCUCGAAGGUCUACCGGCACCCGUCGUGCCUCAUCAAGCACCGCUGGGAGCACUCGCCGCACUGGCGCGAGGCGUCCAAGUUCCUCCUGAGCAAGCACCAGCAGGUGCAGCUCCUCGAGGCAGCUGCCAUUCUCUCGCACAUCGCCCCAUCGGCGGCGGGGGGCACGUCCCUUCCCGACGACCGUGCGCUGUGGCCGUCCUACCUGUCAGGUGGCAUAGUUCCCCCGCCAAGUGCCGAGAACACCGCAGGCAUGGGCGCUCCCACCAAGCCAUGCCCGGCCGCGUUCUCGCUCGAGCAGCCUGCGCCGUUUGCCGUCUCCAGCUCUGUGCCAGCCUUAUCUGCACUAUCGACUGCGCGCUCCGGCCCACGUAUGCAUGAUUACGCUGUCUCUGUGGCGGGCGGCGUGACGCAGCUGCGCCCCGGCGUGCUCGCCGUGCCCACUGGCUCCGAGAGCCCGCAGCCGCCGCCUCAACCCACGAACAGUCAGGCGUACACGACUGAGCGGUCUGCGGCGGUGCCGAUAACGGUACCGUCGCAGAGCGCGUACCGCGACCGUGACCCGCUUGGCUACAGCUUCGUGAGCCGCGCGUCCGCGUCAGCCUCAGACGCGUGGAGCUCACCCGUGUCGCUGUCAACCGGCUUCGCGCAGUCGUCGUUCCGCUCUUCGUCCGCGUCUGCUUCUGCGCUCGGCCAGUCGUACGAGUAUCCGGACGGCACGGGCGGAUGGUCGCUCCCGCGCUCGUCGGUCCGCUCUGGCUCGCGCUCGCGCAGUGGGUCUGCGUCUGAGAGCGACUACGUGGACGUGGAGAGCAUGGACGGAGACUACGUGUACGGCUUCUCGGCGAGGAGCAUCAAGCGGGAGUCGAGCGUCCGUGCGAUGAGCGUCGGGGAGAAGAUAGAAGAGGAGUGGGACGGGAUGGAGAUGGAGAUGGAGUUGUGA